AUGAUGCUGGAUCUGAAGGGUCAGUCCUGUACUCCGACCCAACCUACCCUCGCUUAUCCAAGGUCCAAGCCAGAUCCACUAGUCAACUGGAUAAAAGGUCUUGGGGGCCAUCUUGAUGACGCCGUGGAGAUCUACACCGACCCAGUGGGGGGCCAAUGCCUCCGGGUUCGCAAUACUUUUGCUGGAAGUUUUCCAAGUGGAGCAAGCGUUGCUUCCUGCCCGAUAAAAGCAAUGAUGUCUCUUGCGAACCUAGAAGAUGGGAUUGAAGGCCUCCCGCUGCAUGACUUUUUACACCCCCCAGAAUUUCUUCCUGCGGUCGGGAAUGGGCCGGCUCUGGCCUUUUUCCUAAUGGAUCAGUAUUUUUUAGGAGAUAAAUCCUUUUGGGCGCCAUACAUUCAAUCCCUUCCAAAAGACAGACUGCUUACCAGACUUGAGUACUAUAGUAAGGAAGACCUCGAAUGGCUUGAAGGAACUAAUCUUCUUGCUAUUCGAGAAAAUAGUUUAAAGGACUUGAAAGUAAAAUACGAGACUGGAAUUCAAGUAUUGAAGCAAUCCCCAAACAUUAACCUCAAAAAUUAUACCUGGGAGCGCUUUGUUUGGGCAUUCUCUAUCAUUAUGUCCCGCUCGUUUACCUCUGAAAUUCUGAAGGAUUUUUUCGAGAAACAUCCACACAUUGGGAAUGUGAGAGACAACUUUUUUGUCCUUGUUCCACUGGUUGACGUUACCAACCACUACCCUUUAGCAAAGGUAGAAUGGAGGAUUACUAGUACAGAGAUCAAUCUCGUAGUAGAAAAGUCCUUCAAACCAGGAGAGGAAAUUUUCAAUAACUAUGGACCUCGCAGCAAUGAGCGCUUGAUGACCGGUUAUGGAUUUUGCAUUCCUGGAAAUGUUUGCGACUAUCGGGAUUUUGUAUUGAGUCCUCCGGAAGGCAGUCCUCUCUAUCAAGCCAAGGAAAAACAAACUGUCCUGUUCCCUGACAAAAAGACUGACAAUGAUAAAUGUUAUAUCUACAACAUUUUUUUCCCUUUUUCUGAGCAGAGAAUGGCUCUAGAGACAUUAGUUAUUUCUUCUGAACUAUUUGAAGCGGCAGCCGUCCUGUCAGUUAAUGACAGGGAGUCCGCCGAUUUGCGAAUCGAGAAAGACAGAAUAUACGUAAUGCUAUCGAAGUACGGCAAUUCUCGCUGCUAUUACGAUGGUCUCGGUCAAAUAAUCGCUAAAUUAGUCCACACUAUUUUAAUAUUAAAAGGUAGCCCCUACUUAAAGAAAGGGCCUAAAAACAGAAAACAGCAAAACGCACAAUUCUAUAGGGAAGCUCAAAUAUAUAUGUGCGAAUGCGCGACUGUCAUUCUGCAGUGGUCUCUAUUACGAGCAACACUCCCUGACAAUUCACCAGUGCUAGGGGAGAUAAACCAGGAAAAGCUGCUGCAAAACCUACCCAAGGAGUUGUUUGGGAGACAGGUUAGAGAAAGAGCGAGGUUUCUCCUUCAAAAUUAUCCUUCCGCUUUUGGGCCUAGUGGAGAGCUCUUCUAUGGAGACAACGUUUCGCGGACACUGACAAAACAGGUGGAAGAGCCAUUUAAAACCUUUUCUAGAAAUUUGCGAGGCAUUUGGGAUAAAAUUACACAUGUGGCCAAAUUGAAGCUGGUUUAUACUGUAUUCAUUUGCUUUUGUGCUGCUGCCUAUAACAAUAUUGACGAUUACGAAGUAUCGAAAAAUGGCCAAGACAGUAUUCUUACAAAGCGUCUUCGGAGGUGGGUGCCAUUUCUCUCGGAGCAAUGGCCAGAACCGCAGCAAGAUGAGCGAUGGUCUACAGAAGAGGGGGGGCUUAUAGAAGAGUUAUUGGAUUCGGUAGAGACGAAAUUCAAUGAGACAUGGCGUGAUGGGAUGGGUUUGUUCUCUCCAUUGAAGCCUUUCACCCGGAGGUGGAGAGCGGCCACCCAGAAGAACUGGCUAUCGGGGAGUCGGCUCCGGUGGGCAUGGACUAUUGUCAGCGAGGAGAGAGUAGGGGUAGUAAAAGACCCAUUUUCGAUUCUGAAUGAUGCCAGAGAACAAACGAUGCAAACAGCAAAAGAGGUCGUGUUUGAGCCUUAUCUUUACAUCCCAUUCGACUCAGAAGAGACUGUGACGUCAAAUUAG